AUGAACCCACCUCCGCGUCUAGCGUGUCAGCAGUGCAAGUCACGAAAGAUCAAAUGCGACAAAGGCGCUCCAUGUUCAGCUUGCCGAAAUUCAGGCCUCAGUUGCCAUGCUGUGCAACGGGCGCGUCUACCCCGUGGCAAGACGGCAAAGGGAUCGACUUCGAAUAGGGACCUUGCAGCACGCAUCGCACGAAUAGAGAUCCUCUUAGAGCAGCAGUCCGAGCAAACAGCAAGUCAGGGUACCACAUCAGAUCAAGCUCCAGUUAAUGGCAAUUUGAGAAACGAUGGGCUUGUAGGUGUAACUAGUGAGAAGAUCGCUGACUUCGUAGCGCCGAAUUUCUGGAGUGCCCUCUCCAGCGAAGUUCACGGGUUGCGAGAGGCAUUAGAGGAUGAAGCUGAAGAUGAAGCAAAUACACAUGACGUUGAGUUCACAGCCAAGGUUGCCGGAGACACAUGCUCGACAAACGCGAUACUAUUUCCUCAAUGGUCAAAGAGCUAUGCCAAUGCCUAUGAUGAUCCCCCGCCGGAUGUAGGAUUAAGGACAUGCUGUAGCGGCGCUUACACAUGGACGCUUGUUGCGGUUGCCGUGCGUGCUGCUACACUGUUGAGACUUGGAGAGGAAGACCCAAAAGACUUUUCGCCAUUCGAUCUCCAAUUACGUCAGCGGUUAUUCUUUGCGAUCGGGAUCCUUGAUACCCAUUCGGCCUUAGAUCGCGGUACGAUCCCUAUCCUGCCUUCUACCUCCUUCCGAGCACCUCCACUAAACAUCAACGAUGAUGAUAUGCACCCGACAGACAAGGUACUUCAACCCUCCCUGCAGUAUCCUACCGAUAUGUCGCAUACUGCCAUGAUCUAUGAAGCAAUGAUAUGUCAACGGAGAUUGUACGAGAUAUCAGAUGGUGUCCAAAAUGGAUGGGCACAGUGGGCUAAGAAGGUGGAGCUGCUAAACGAAUUUGAGACGUCUAUCCUGAGCGAAAGAACCAAUGUUCAUAGCUAUGAUAGCCCGCUGGAGAUGCUCCGAAGAAUGUCAGCUCAAAAGAUCAUCGUCAGUAUGCAACUUCUAGCUCGAAGACCACCCUAUAGACAACCACACAAUACUGUCCCUCCGUGGGAUGACUUCGAUAUCAUGAAAUCCGCGACCGAGGUUCUUGAGCAGCACCUCCAGCCUAUUCCGGUCGAGCUCCAGCCUUGGGCUUGGAAGAAUUGGGUGCAAUGGCAUGCACUUGCGGUCUUGCUUGCAGAACUGAUGGUACGACCUCAAGAACCGUCAUCUGACCGAUCAUACAUUAUCGCAACACAAAGUUUCCGGCAUUAUGCGCGACUAGUAGCGGAUUCAGAGUCUGGACUGCUGUGGAAGCCCAUCGCGAAGCUAAUGCGACGGGUACAGAGAUUGAGAAAGACUCCAGAUACUGUUGGGAACAAGAAUCUCGCGAUCGGAACAGAGACGGUUUUUACUGUACCGAUUGUGACAGAGCAGACCUACUCUCCUACUUCCAACAAUGACUUGUUUGAUCUCUCAAACUGGGGUAUGAACGAAGAUGAUUUGAAUGUGCCUUUCUUAGGUCUAGAAGAUCAUGUCAGACCUCAAUACAACGAUACCGAAGACGGAAACGAGACACCGUGGCUGGCGUGGGAUAACUUCGUCCGAGACAUCAACUUCUCGCCACCUUAA